CCGAGUGCCGGCCCGGCCCCGGCCCCGAGUGCCGGCCUGGCCCCGAGUGCCGGCCCGGCCGCGGCCCCGAGCGGCCCCCGAAGCGCCGCGCUCCGGAGCCGCCCGGGCAGGAGUCGCCGGCCAAGAUCUUCCAGCGGAUGAAGGCGCGGGCGGAGCAGCGGCGCAGGAUCGCCCGCGAUGUGAUCCUGAGCCCCGCGGCCCCGCAGCACUGGCCCGACACGGCCCGGGGGGCGGGCAGCGCUCAGCCGGGACCAGAGCCAGUUUUGCCUCAGACUCCCAGGAUGGAGCCCCUGGAAGUGCCCCCAGCAGAGCCUCCCGUGCUGGAAACCCCCCAGAAGUUCUUCCUGCGGGUCAAGUGGCAGCAGCAGCAGCACCAAGCUACACCACCUUCAACCCAAAGGCAGCAGAAUGUUCCUCCUUGCAGAGGUGCAGAGGAUGCCUCAGUGCAGGCAGGGAAUGGGCCUGCAGGGGAGCUGGACUCUGAUAAGGAUGAUGUGGAUGUUUUCCUGGUGGAAUCUGUCGAGGUGGAUGCUGAUGGAGAAAUGCCUCAAAGGACAGUGGCUUCUCCUCUGCAAGUGAAAUCCCCGCCUUGGGAAAAUGGGGAUCAGGCAAAAGGAAGGUGGAGAAAUGCAGAAGCAAAAUGUACAGAGCUUCAUGAGGACAGGAGAGAGCUGCAGCCCAGCAGAAAACCAGCUGCUCCAGCAGUGGAAAAGGCACCAGAGACCAAUCCUGCAAACCCCUCGCAGCCCGUCUGUAGCAUCUUGCUCUCCUCUCCAGUCCACAUUCCAAGGAAGCAGAAGUGGGCAGAAGACCCCAAGGUCCCUUUGGAUAAAGCUCCUGCUGACCAACCUGCUGGCAAAGCACACAAAGAGAAAAACAUCUGCCUGAGCAGCUGGAGGAUUAAAGUGCUGGCUGGAAACACGGCAAUCUGUGUGGAAGGGAAAAGGAAGGACAUGAGGCAGCAGCUGUGGCACAGCAGCGCCGUCACGGAGCGCGUCACUCACAACCAGGUGCAGACCUGCUCGGGAGCCGUGUACCUGCUGCAGGGCAGGAUUGACUCUGCUGCCAUGAGGAGGGAAGGGUUCCAUUACCGCUUCAUCAAGAAAUUCACGUUUGGCUUCUCCAGAAGGUGGAAGGAGUACGUGGAGGAGUUGCUGGAGGAAAGGAGGAGGAAAGAACAAGCUCAAGAGAGUGGUGGGGAGGAGAAUGAGGAGAAUGAGGAGAAUGACUCUGUGGAGGGAACUGAUGUGUUGGAACCUGCAGGAGGCUCAGUGAGCAAAGCCAGGAAACCUGCACUGAGGAACGCCACCUAUGAGGUAUCACCAGAGAACCAUGAGAACAUCUUGGUGACACCAAGUCCCAGCUCCAGGAAUGGCUCCAGCACGGUGUACACCCGCAGCGGGCGCCUCGUCAAACCCCCCCUGAGCUACUGGUGUGGCCAGAGGGAGUUUGUGGAUCAGGGGCUCAAUGUCACCAUACAAAAUGGAUGGGUGGAUUAUCUGAACCUGAUCCCUAGUAGUGAAAAACCCAAAAGAAAGACCAGGUUCAUCUCCAAGAAUAAACAAAAGGAAGACAUGAAGACAACAAAGGAAAUGCCAAAAAGCCAAAGUAAAGGGAAAAGCAGCGAGAGAGGAGGAGCCGCUCCCCGAGGGGAGCCCAGGCCUGGCAGCAGCAGGAAGGGCAGGCAGGUCCCGUCGGAUGAGGAGGAGAAUGAUCCUGGAAUGAGGGGCACAGAACCCAAACCAGCCCAGCUCCCUGCCAGGGGCGCUUCCUCAAAGGCCAAGGAGCUGAACAAGCACGGCAGCAGAGCCCCGGGGGCAGCAGGGAGAGCAGCAGCAUCUGCAGGGCUGAGCAUGUACGAGCAGGGCUACAGGAACUCCCUCAGGUCAGCCAAGGACAGGAUUCUCCUCACCCAGCAGCCCUCAGAGGAUGAGGAGGAGCAGUCCAGUGAGGACACCCCACUGCUGAUCAGGAGGAAGAAGAAGGCUAUAUUGAAACCAAAAGAGUCUCGAGAGCGGAAUCCUUGCUCUGGCUCCAGAGGUUCCAGGGAUGAUGCAAGCAAGGCCUGUGGCCAAAGGACAGCAAAGCCCUCCCGGCAUGUGCUGGUGAGGCUGAGUGGGCCCUGGUCCAGUGAGGAGUCUGAGCCCCCUUCUGAAGGGAGAGCAUCCUCUGAGUCCAGUGCUUCCCUCCUGCCUGCCCGGGCCACGAGGGCACGGGGCAGUGCCAGCCCUGCCAGGCACCGGCUCCGUUCCGACACCGAGCCCGAGGAGAUGCCCGGCGAGGGCACCAACGCCACAGCACCCCCUGUGAAAACAAACCAUGGAGGCCCCAACACUGCCAGGCCUGCAGCAGCAAAACCCAGAGACACGAGGGGGCAGAAACCUCUGGAACUCUUUGCAAGGCCAGGUGAUGACUGGUCUGAGAAGGAAUUACAGAAGCUUCACAAGGCCAUCGCGGCGUUCCCCAAGCACAGGAGCGGCUUCUGGCAGGAGGUGGCCAUGGCCGUGGGCUCCCGCUCGGCCCAGGAGUGCCAGGGCAAGUUCCUGGAGGAGCAGCAGGGCAGAGCCAACAAACAGCAGCCCAGGAAAACCACAGCGGGAAAAGCUGAGAGCAAAGAUCCUGCAGAUAAGAAGGAGCCAGUGAUCACUGCCAAGGUGGGCACCCUCAAACGGAAGCAGCAGAUGAGGGAGUUCCUGGAGCACCUGCCCAAGGACAACCACGACGACGUCUUCUGUGCAACUCCCUUCCAGAAGAGGAGGGUCCAGCUGCCAGCACUGCGAGGGAGCCACGACGGGGACGCCGAGGAUUUCACCCUCUCGGAGCUCCCGCUCAGCCCCUCCUCAGGCCUCUUUCCCCCUGUGAGAACCCCACAGUGUGAGCACAUCAGCCCGGGAAUGCUGGUCCCCAUCAACAGGAGUGACUACGACCGGCACGUGUUCCACCUGCAGAAGAACACCCGGGGCAGCAGAGGCACCUGGGACAAGGUCAAGAAGAAGCCGGCCCGAGCUGUGCACGAGACACCGGCGUCCCGCAGGACCCAGAGAGUGACCCCGGCCCCCGUGGUGGGGAAGCUCUUCACAGCUGAGCCGCCAAACUCGUCCUGCUCCAGUGAGGAGCAGGAUUCCUACUUUUCCAUGUGAUGGGCUCUGUGGAUGACUUGUUCAGCACCUCCUGCUUUUCUAUCUGGUGGACUCUGUGGAUGUUUUCUUCAGCACCUCCUGCUUUUCCAUCUGAUGGGCUUCACGGAUGUCUUGUUCAGCACCUGCUGUUCAGAGCACGGGGGUUCUGCUGCUGGAAUGAUUUCACUUUGGAAAAGCUGUCCUGCUAUGGUUUUAUGUGUUUUAACUCCAUUCCCACCCUGCUGCCAAUGUUUGGCUUUUCCAUGUGUGCAAAGUGGCAUUUCCUUGUCCAGGCUUCUCCUGGGAAGGAGAAAUGUACAUAGAUACCAAUGACUGCCAAGUUUUGAUUCUUUUUAAGCUAAAAUAUCUUCUGGGAUAGGUCUGUAUAAUAAAUUUAGCAGCACUCCAGAAGGAACUG